AAGUUUACCGUAUUAUCAUUACCAUAAACUAAGUUAUUAAUUGAUUUGUAGAAUCGACAAAUUUGUAUUAUUUAUUUAAUAAUGCCCGUCGAUAUUAACAGACUCACUGAAGGUUGGUUGGAAUUAGAAAGUGAUCCAGGAUUGUUCACAUUGCUCUUAGAAGAUUUUGGAGUUAAAGGUGUGCAAGUAGAAGAAAUAUACGACCUACAAAAAUCCCUGGAUAGUCCAGUUUAUGGAUUUAUAUUCCUUUUUCGCUGGAUUGAGGAAAGAAGAUCAAGGAGGAAAGUCGUUGAUCAAAGUGACAUUUAUGUAAAAGAUGAAGAAAUCGUCAAUAACAUAUUUUUUGCUCAACAAAUGGUACCUAAUAGUUGUGCCACUCAUUCCCUCUUGUCUGUGCUUUUGAAUUGCCAUAACAUCCAUCUAGGCAGUACUUUGAGCCGACUUAAAGCUCACACUCAUGGUAUGUGUCCAGAAAAUAAGGGAUGGGCUAUUGGUAAUACACCCGAGCUUGCUAGAGCUCACAACUCACACGCUAUGCCUCAAGCCAAACGCAGGCUUGACAAGAGCACCGGAAUAAGUACAGGGAGGUUCACCGGGGAGGCCUAUCAUUUCGUCAGCUACGUACCCAUCAAUGGAAGACUGUUUGAGUUGGAUGGUCUCAAGCCAUUUCCAAUGGAUCAUGGUCCGUGGAAUGAGAGUGAAGAUUGGACGGAUAAGUUUCAUAGUGUGAUCGCUGAUCGUUUAGGUAUUGCUGCCGGUGAUAUACGCUUCAACUUGAUGGCUGUGGUUCCAGACAAGCGGUUAGCUAUCACCCAUAAGCUGAAUAUGUUAAAGACUAAUAGACAAAUUGUCUUGGAAGCUCUUCAGCAAUUGGUAAAGCUCAAUCAUCCCGAUUUGGCUGUUAAAUCGGAAAAAGACUCAAAAGGAAAAUCGGAAGAUACAAAAGUUUCUCCUGGAAGCAAAAGGAAGGAGUCAAACAAAGCGAUAGAAAAUGGUCUCGAUAGUCUUGCAUCAAUAGAAGAUGCUCUUGAUCUGGUUACACCCAAUAAAAUCCCAAGAAAGCAGCAUUCGCCUAGAAAACACAGUAAUACUGAGGUUAAAGAAGAGAAAGCAGAAACAUCUGAAGAGACCGAUGAAAACUUGAAAACUUCUCCUGUAAAUAGCUGUGAAAGUCUAGAAAGACACAAUCUCUCCAAAAUAUCACUCAUUGUAACUUCGGACGAAAACGAACAAAUAAAACCUGAGAUAUCGGAAACCUCCAAGGCAGGAGAGAAGAUGCCAGAUUAUUCUACCCCUCUAACUAUCCAAACAUCACCUGCUCCAAGCACUUCGAGCACAGACACUUCUUCUGAAGUGGGUUCAGCGUUCAACUCUCCCACCCAAGCUUGGGGCUGGAACUCCGGACAGAGUAGUCCUAACAAUGCCAAAGAUUUCAAGAAGUUUGUUGUUAUCAGAGUGGCUAUGGCUGGCAGUGAAGAAAAAAUUGAUUCUCCAACUAAAUCGAAGCGAGAUUCUCUCGGAGUUCGCAAAGUCUGUCUGGACGCUGGAGCAUUACCUAAAGGAUGGGAGAAACCGUCGAGUGGAAAAGUAUCUGGAAUGAAAAUUAGCCCUUUAGCCUUGAGUAACAAACUGAAAUCGGAUGAGAGUGGUAAGAAAAUUGAAACUCCACAUCACACGUUUGCACCGAAAGACUUGCUAGCUUUACUUAAAAAUCUUGAAGGUGAAAUAAGUCUUUGUGAGGGUAAUUUGAGAGAUGAAAACGAGAAGAGGAAGAAAUACAAAGUAGAUGACUGCAGGCGAACUCACAACUACGAUGAGUUUAUUUGUACUUUCCUAUCGAUGUUGGCUCAACAAGGAAAAUUGGCUGAUUUGGUCCAACAACACUUGAUGUUCCAGAAAAAGCCAGGCAUCACACCUCCUCGUCCUCCAGUCGUCAAACCGGCACCAAAGAAACACGACUCAAAGAACCACUCAGCCAAACGAAGGAAGGGUGGUUCCAAGCACCGAAAGCGGAAGUAAACCUGUGGUAAUUAUGUAAUAGGUUGAUGGUUUUUUUUAAGCAUUCAUGGAAUUUUAGUGUAGGGUACAAACAAGCAUAGUAUAGAUAUUUUCCAGGUUGAAACACCAAGAUGAAAUGUUUUUCCAUUCAUUAUCUUGCAUUUAAUUUUUGAUAGGCCUACUUAUAAUAUUUUAAGUUAUUUAAACCAUUACCUAUAUAGUUUUAAGUAUGUUUCAUGGUGUUUGAGUGCGCUGAUGCUGAGUAAAAGUGUUUUCUCUUA